UUUGCAACAGAAUUGGACUCCUUAUCAGGUGGUAUAGGCAGCAAAACGAAGCCUUGCACGAAGUUCUUCAGCAUGGUUGGUUGUCCCUUUGGUGAGAAUUGCCACUUCCUUCACUUUGUUCCUGGUGGCUUCAAAGCUGUAGCCCAUAUGAUGAAUCUCUCUCCUGCCCCUGCCUUAAAGACACCAACAGGGCCACCCCCAAACCAGAAUGGUUCUGCUUCAGUUGCUGUGAAGACCAAACUUUGCAAUAAAUUUAACAGUGCCGAAGGUUGCAAGUUCAAUGACAAAUGCCACUUUGCUCAUGGAGAAAGGGAGCUCGGCAGACCUAUUGCACACUCUCAAGCGGAUCCACGUGCAGUGGGACCUGUCACUCCCUACUUUGGUGCUCGAGCAGAACCACCUGUACAAGGUCUUGCAGCCAGUUUCGGUGCCUCAGCCACGGCCAAGAUCAGUGUGGAUGCUUCCCUGGCUGGUGCCAUCAUUGGUAAAGCUGGAGUCAAUUCCAAGCAAAUCUGCAGACAAACAGGAGCCAAGCUAUCCAUUCGGGACCAUGAAACAGAUCCCAGUCUAAGAAACAUUGAGCUAGAGGGCACAUUCGAGCAAAUUAAGCAAGCAAGUACGAUGGUGAGGGAGCUCAUUGUCAGCAUCGGAUCUGGUAAUGCCCCUGCGAAAACUUUGGGAGGUGGUGGAGGCCCUCCGACCCCAGGAAGCAACUUCAAGACCAAGCUCUGUGAAAAUUUCUCGAAAGGCUCGUGUACAUUUGGAGAGCGAUGCCAUUUUGCCCAUGGCGCAGCUGAGCUACAUAAAACAGGUUUUUGAGUUAUCCCAUGCUUUUUGACCUCCUACUAUCCAGCUAUGUUCCAUGAAUUAAUGUAGCAAAGUUUACUUGAUAUUUAUUCCAGUUUUAAUUCUUGUGCAUUACCAGUUUAGAUAAAUUGAUUGGUUAUGUUUUUCU